AUGUUUGCCGAGGGUCAGAUCCAAAAGGUCCCGAUUCUGGGCAAGGAGUCCAUCCACAUUGGCUACAAGAUGCAGGACCACAUUGUGUCUGAAAUCGUGGCCAACAUCAAGUCGUCCACCUACAUUCUGGUAACCGACACCAACAUUGAGGAUCUGGGCUACGUUGAGUCUCUUAAGACGAAAUUCGAGGCUGCGUUUGCCAAGGACGGCAUCAAGAGCCGACUGCUGACCUACACCGUUGCGCCCGGAGAAACCUCCAAGUCCAGAGCCACCAAGGCCGCCAUUGAAGACUGGAUGCUGUCCAAGGGCUGCACCCGAGAUACGGUGAUCCUGGCUGUGGGAGGCGGAGUGAUCGGAGACAUGAUCGGCUACGUGGCCGCCACCUUCAUGCGAGGAGUGCGGUUUGUCCAGAUCCCCACCACUCUGCUUGCCAUGGUUGACUCGUCCAUUGGAGGCAAGACCGCCAUUGAUACCCCUCUGGGCAAGAAUCUGGUCGGCGCCUUCUGGCAGCCCGUCAACAUUUUCAUCGACACUUCUUUCCUCGAGACUCUGCCCGUUCGAGAGUUCAUUAACGGUAUGGCGGAGGUCAUUAAGACUGCGGCAUUCUACGACGCCGAAGAGUUCACACGGCUCGAGUCCGCGUCGGAAAUCUUCCUGUCCACUAUCAAGAAGCGAGACGCCAAGGACCCCCGACGAGUCGAUCUGUCCCCCAUCACCGACACCAUUGGCCGAAUUGUUCUCGGUUCUGCUAGAAUCAAGGCCGCCGUUGUCUCUGCCGACGAGCGAGAGGGCGGUUUGCGAAACCUGCUCAACUUUGGCCACUCCAUUGGCCACGCCUACGAGGCCAUUCUCACUCCUUACAUUCUGCACGGCGAGUGUGUGGCUAUCGGUAUGGUCAAGGAGGCCGAGCUGUCUCGAUACCUGGGAAUUCUCUCUCCCGUUGCUGUGGCUCGUCUGGCCAAGUGCAUCAAGGCCUACGAGCUGCCCGUGUCUCUGGACGACGCUACAGUCAAGGCCCGAAGCCACGGCAAGAAGUGCCCCGUUGAUGAUCUGCUUCGAAUCAUGGGCGUCGACAAGAAGAACGACGGCUCCACUAAGAAGAUUGUCAUUCUGAGCGCCAUUGGCAAGACCCACGAGCAGAAGGCGUCUUCUGUGGCAGACAAGGACAUUAGAUUCGUUCUUUCCGAGGAGGUCAUUGUCGGAGAGGCUCCUGUUGGCGACAAAAAGUCCUACACCGUCACUCCACCUGGAUCCAAGUCCAUUUCCAACCGAGCCUUUGUUCUGACUGCCCUGGGUAAGGGUCCUUGCAAGCUGCGAAACCUGCUGCAUUCGGACGACACCCAGCACAUGCUCGAGGCCAUUGAGCUGCUUGGUGGCGCAUCGUUCGAGUGGGAGGCCGACGGUGAGACUCUGCUUGUCACCGGAAAUGGCGGCAAGCUCACUGCUCCCGCCCAGGAGUUGUACCUAGGAAACGCCGGUACUGCUUCUCGAUUCCUUACCACCGCUGCUACUCUGGUUCAGAAGGGAGACAAGGACCACGUGAUCCUUACCGGAAACAAGCGAAUGCAGGAGCGGCCCAUUGGGCCUCUUGUGGACGCUCUUCGAUCCAACGGAGCCGACAUUGCUUUCCAGAACGCCGAAGGCUCUCUCCCCCUCAAGAUCGAGGCCGGUGUUGGACUCAAGGGUGGCUUGAUUGAGGUGGCUGCUACUGUUUCUUCUCAGUAUGUCUCUUCUCUACUUAUGUGUGCCCCCUACGCACAGACACCCGUCACUCUGUCUCUGGUUGGAGGCAAGCCCAUCUCGCAGUUCUACAUUGACAUGACCAUUGCCAUGAUGGCCGACUUCGGUGUGGUUGUCACCAAGGACGAGACCAAGGAGCACACCUACCACAUUCCUCAGGGUGUGUACACCAACCCUGAGGAGUACGUGGUGGAGUCGGAUGCUUCUUCAGCCACCUACCCUCUUGCUUACGCUGCCAUGACUGGCCACACCGUCACUGUUCCCAACAUUGGCAGCAAGUCUCUGCAGGGAGACGCCCGAUUUGCCAUUGAUGUUCUCAAGGCUAUGGGCUGCACCGUUGAGCAGACCGCUACCUCGACCACUGUUACUGGUGUGCCCAACCUCAAGGCUAUCGCUGUUGAUAUGGAGCCUAUGACUGACGCCUUCCUCACCGCCUGUGUCGUUGCCGCUGUGUCCGAGGGCACCACCGUCAUCACCGGCAUUGCCAACCAGCGAGUAAAGGAGUGCAACCGAAUCGAGGCCAUGCGAGUGCAACUGGCCAAGUACGGCGUCGUUUGCCGAGAGCUUGAGGACGGCAUUGAGGUCGACGGAAUUUCCCGAUCAGAUCUCAAGACCCCCGUCUCUGUGCACUCUUACGAUGACCACCGAGUUGCUAUGUCUUUCUCGCUGCUCUCUUCUAUCAUGGCUGCUCCCGUGGCUAUUGAGGAGCGACGAUGUGUCGAAAAGACCUGGCCGGGAUGGUGGGACGUGCUCUCCGGCGUGUUCAACGUUCCUCUGGAGGGCGUAACGCUGGCCAAGACCGUUUCCAAGGCCGAGUCCGGACUUUCCAAGCCCUCCAUCUUCAUUGUGGGCAUGCGAGGUGCCGGAAAGACCCAUCUGGGCGCCCAGGCCGCCAACCAUCUUGGCUACGAGUUCAUUGAUCUCGACCAGCUACUCGAAAAGGAUCUGGAUACCACCAUUCCUCAGCUGAUUGCGGACAAGGGCUGGGACCAUUUCCGUGCCGAGGAGCUGCGUCUGCUCAAGCAGUGUCUCAAUGACAAGUCCGAGGGCUACGUCAUUUCCUGCGGUGGCGGAGUUGUUGAGACUCCUGCUGCUCGAGACGCUCUUCAGACCUUCAAGGGUGUUGGUGGUAUUGUUCUGCAUGUCCACCGACCCGUUUCCAGAAUCCUCGAGUACCUCAACAAGGACCAGUCUCGACCUGCAUUUGUGGACGAUCUGGAGGCGGUGUGGCAGCGACGAAAGGAGCUGUACCGAUCUGUCUCUUCCAAUGUCUUCUUUGCUCCUCACUGCGACUCUGCCGAGGCCACUGCCAAGGUGCAGCAGAUGCUGGGCGCCUUCCUGGACCGAGUCACCGGCAAGUCCGAGUUUGUGAUUCCCCACAAGGACCAAUUCACUUCCUUCCUGUCGCUAACCUUCCCCGACGUGUCUAUUGCCGCAACCAUGCUCCCCUCGCUGUCUGAGGGUUGUUCUGCUCUGGAGCUGCGAGUCGAUCUGCUCAAUGAGAAUGACGAGGCCAUUCCCUCCGAAGAGUACGUUCUCUCUCAGUUGGCGAUUCUGCGACAGAAUGUCGACCUCCCCAUUCUUUACACGGUGCGAACCAAGGCUCAGGGAGGCCGUUUCCCCGACGACAAACCUGUGGAGCUGGCCAACCUGGUCAACCUGGGUCUCAAGACCGCCGUUGAGCUGCUGGACGUUGAGCUGACCUACCCUGCCGAGCUUGUUUCGUCCGUCGGAGCUUCCAGAGGCUACACCAAGCUGCUGGGCUCUCACCACGACUUUCCCGGCGCUCUCAACUGGUCUUCUCUCGAGUGGGAGAACAUGUACGCCCGAGCCGAGGCUGUGCCUGUGGACGUGGUCAAGCUCGUCGGUAUGGCCAAGUCUUUCUCCGACAACUUUGCUCUGGAGAACUUCCGAGAGGCCCACACCUCUUCUCCUCUUCUGGCUAUCAACAUGGGCUCCCAUGGUCAGCUGUCUCGAGUCACCAACACUCUGCUGACUCCCGUGACUCACGCUGACUUGCCUGUGGCUGCUGCUCCUGGCCAGCUUUCCGUGGAGGAGAUCAACCAGACCCGGUCGACCAUCGGCAUGUUCAACAAGAACCUGUCCUUCUUCAUUGUCGGCACUCCCAUCGGCCACUCCAAGUCGCCCAUUUUGCACAACACCAUGUUCAAGAAGCUGGGUCUGCCCUACGAGUACUCGCGGUUCAAGACUGAUGAUGCUGCUGCCGUCAACGCUAAGGCCCGUGCUCUGCUUGCCCAGGGCAACCUUGGAGGUAUCAGUGUGACCAUUCCUCUCAAGCAGGACAUUAUUCCUUUCCUUGACGAGGUGUCUCCCCUCGCUCAGCAGAUUGGAGCCGUCAACACCAUCAUUCCUGGACCUAACGGGACUCUCAAGGGCGACAACACCGAUAUUCUCGGUCUGGUGAACGCUCUGACUCGGUUUGGAGCCAACUCGCUGGACAAGAAGACUGCUCUGAUUGUCGGAGCCGGUGGCACAUCUCUGGCUGCCGUGCACGGACUGCGAUCGCUCGGCUUCGCCAAGAUUCUCAUUGCCAACCGAACUCUGUCCAAGGCCGAGGCCAUUGCUGACAAGUUUGAUAACGUGGAGGCCGUGACUUUGGACUCGUUUGUGGCCAACAAGUACACUCCGUCUGUGAUUGUGUCUUGCGUGCCAGCCACCACUUUCUCGAUGCUGGAUGAGUCCAACAAGCUGGUGUCUGCCGCUCUGGCUGCUUCUCCCAAGGGUCUGGUUCUUGAGGCUGCCUAUUCUGCCGAGGCCACUCCUCUGCUCAAGCAGGUGAUGGACGUCGAGGGCUGGGAGUUCAUCUCCGGGCUCUACAUGCUCACCGAGCAGGGCUUUGAGCAGUUCCGGCUGUGGACCGGAAUUCCCGCCCCCAAGGAGGUUGGAGAGAAGGCUGUUCUUGGUAACUAA